AUGAACGAAUUGACCGGCAAAGAAACAAAAUGGUCGUCUCCCGGCGGCUAUUGUAAGUUGCUUAAGCUGAAUGAAGUUGCUGUAAGAUGGUAUUCAGAUAGUAACUCACUUACAAUUAAUGGAAAGUCGUGUGAUGAGUUUAAGACUCAACUUAUUCAUCUCAACAAACAGCUACAGUUAGAAUCCGAAGACACAAAUGCUGCCUGUGUCUCUGGUAAUAGCGAAAUAUCAAUCAACUUUGAUGAGGAAGCAGCAAGUAACGAAAGCGAGAAUCAAAUUUCCACCGGUCAGUUAAACGAGUAUGAAUCAUUGCUUAAUACCGUAAGAAGCCUUGAGGCGAAGUUGGAAAGUAGGAUAAAUGAUCUCGCAAGCGAAGUGCACGAGACUAGACUAGAAUUACAUGUCGAGAAAAUUGCGCGAGGGAACCUAGAAGCUGAAUACACAGAACUUGCAAGCGAAGCUCUGGAAAUAAGAUCAGAAUUAGAUAUCAGGAACCUCACAAGAGACGAGAACGAAACAUCAAGCCUCGUGACGAAUCAAUAUCUACAAUAAUUACACCAACACAGCAGAUUUCAAUAUCUACGGUUCUUAAUAAGGUAUUUCUCGUUAAAGAGAACGCUAGUCUUAAAGAUGAAAAUGCUUUACUUAAACAGCAGAUUAACAACUACAAAUGUAUUACAUCGGACUUGAGAACAAAGGUCAAAGAUUUAGAAAAUGAAAAAGACAGCUUGGUCACCGUCAUUAAAAUUCUACAUGAUGAUCAAAAUCAACAUACUUGUCAUGCUAAUAAAUCUAUAGCGUCUUGGAAUGUUGUAAACAAUCAUAAAAGGUCUCAGAUUGGCCGUGGUUCCUUAAAGAAUUAUUCUACAAUUGGUCCCAGUGGUGACAUCAGGGACAAAGAUGGUGCAACUCGGAUAAAAAAUCAAUAUAUUGUCUUGAGUGAUGAUAUCGACAACAGUGAAGCUAGUGAGGACGACAGCGUCAUCUUAAAGUCUACACAGGCUCCCCAGAAUAAAGAAAUCCAGGACACUAGCAAAGAACGACCCAAAUUUCCAAAACAUGGCUGUGUUGCUGAAAUUCCUAACACGACAAAAACAAAAGAGAAAUUAAGCCUUCAACAAAAGGGCUUUGGUAAGAAUCAAAUGAGCGAAUCUGAUGACAAAGCUGCUCAAUCGAAAGCCAACAAGCAGGGGUCACAGCAAAUUAACCAGGAACAAAAGAAGAAUAAGAAUAAGAAACAAAAGGUGAAGAAUAACGAACAAAAGGCAAAGGAAAACGAGCAAACGAGAGAAGCGCAUAAGGCAAGUGAGGAAAUAACAGCAGAAAGAAAACGCACUAAAGAAACGGUCGUUAUAGCUGGAGAUUCGAUUAUAAAAUAUGUAAAAGUUGGGAAGUAUCCAACACUGACAGAAACGUAAUAGUUAAGUCUUUCUCAGGUGCAACAGUUAAUGAUAUGUCUGAUUUCUUAAAGCCCACUGCACGAAAGCAACCCGAUAAGCUCAUUAUCCAUGCAGGCACAAACGACAUACGCUAUUCAAGUCCUAAAGAAAUUGCAAAGAAAAUUAUCGAGUUAGCAGAGAAUUUUAAAAAGGAUUGCAAUGAUACUGAAGUCAUCAUCUCUUCUUUAGUCACUAGAUGCGAUAGAGAGGAACUUACAACGAAGGUAAAUGAAACUAACAAUAUAUUAAAGUCAAGCUGCUUGAAGAAAAAGCUUGCAUUUUUAGACAAUAGUAAUAUUAGUCGCUCUCAUUUAAAUAGUAGAGGACUGCAUUUAAACCGAGAAGGUAGCUCUUUGCUUCAGGCAAACUUUUCAUAUUUCUUAAGUUCGCAUAAUUGAAAUGAGGACGGGUCGAGGAGGAGUGCUAAUGAUGCCUGUUUAAAUAUUCCGAAAACAAGGGGUUUUAAGAUGGCUAUGCUUAAUGUAGUUAGCCUUCCGAAACACCUUGAUGAAAUCCGAUUAUUACUUCACGAUAAAUAUUUAGAUGUUUUAGCAGUUAAUGAAACCCGUUUGGACUCCACUAUUUCCGAUGGGAUUGUUAGCAUUGAAGGUUAUGACUUGCUACGUGCUGAUCGGAAUAGAAAUGGAGGAGGGGUAUGUAUUUAUAUAAGACGCCAUAUAAAUUAUGAAAAUCGCCCUGAUCUAGGUCCAACAGACCUUGAAGCUGUCUGUGUGGAAAUUAAGCAGGCUAAUAGUCAAUCUUUUAUAGUUUCAAGUAUUUAUAGACCACCAUGUUCCGCUAGUGAAGUGUUUAUAAAAAUUGAGAGGCUAAUCAAAUCAAUCGAUGAUGAAAAUAUAGAAUUUUAUAUUUUGGGAGAUUUAAAUUGUAAUAUGCUAGAACCAACUUUGUCCACCACUAGAAAGCUUCAAGACGUUUUGGAAUUAUAUCAGCUUACACAAUUAAUUAAUAACCCUACGCGUAUUACCCAGUCUAGCCAAUCAUUAUUGGAUGUAGUAAUUGCGUCAAUGCCUGAAAAAAUAAUUUUUUCAGGUGUAGUCCAUCUCGGAAUUAGUGAUCACAGCCUCAUUUAUAGUAUUCGGAAAAUAAGCACAAGAAUAAAAACUGAUUUACAAGGUUCUGUCGAGUAUAGAAAUUUUAAGAAUUUCAAUGUUUCAGGCUUUCUAUAUGACUUACAAAAUAUACCUUGGGAAGAAAUAAGAUUUAAAAGAAAUGUAGAUGAAAUGUGGCGGUUAUGGAAAACAUUUUUUGUAGAUGUGCUGGAUAAACAUGCCCCUGUGAGAGUAAAAAGAUUAAGAAAAGGGGGCAAUAUUCCUUGGGUAAGCCGGGAAGUAAAGGAAAAAUUAUUUAAAAGAGAUGCUCUUAAGCGUAAAGCAAUAAAGACAAAUAAAGAAGAAGACUGGAGACUAUAUAAGUCAUCUAGAAAUGUUGCCAACACUGCUUUGCGCAGUGCUAAAAGAGAUUAUUAUGCAAACAAAUUCACAAAUAAUAAACAGAAUCCUAAAUAUGCUUGGAGAACAAUAAACGAUAUAUUAGGUCGAAACAGAAAACAGACUACGAUUAAUGAAAUUAAACUUCCAGGUAAAACUGUUACAUCGACCGACGAAUUAGUCGACAUUUUUAAUGAUCAUUUUAGUAAUAUUGGCCCAAAGCUUGCUGAGUCUAUUCCAAAUGACAAUGACGUUAGUUUUCGAGAUUUUAUUACUCAACAAAAAUCUAAGACAAAGAACAGUUUCUCAUUUUGACCAGUGAGUGUAACAUUGGUUUACACUCUUCUAGUUAAUUUGUCUACCACCAAAGCGACUGGAAUGGAUAAAAUUUCAGCUCAAAUUCUACAAGUAGCAGCUCCAGUUAUUGCACCUUCUCUUACUGAGAUUUUUAAUAUGUCAAUUGACUCGGAUCAAUUUCCUUCUGAUUGGAAAGCUGCAAUGUUAUUCCAUUGUUUAAGAAAGGUCAGCGGUCCAUGUUGGACAACUACAGACCGAUAUCAAUCCUUCCUGUAGUAAGUAAACUUAUGAAAAGAAUUAUGUAUGAUCAAAUGUAUGAGUAUCUUAACCAGAAUAAUCUUUUCUCAAAACACCAAUUUGGUUUCAGACCUUAUCAUUCCACAACUACUACAUUAUUGGAUUGUACGAACGAAUGGUAUACCAACAUGGACCGUGGGCUGUAUAACUUAGUUGUUUUUCUUGACCUAAAAAAAGCAUUGGAUACAGUCGACCACGAAAUACUGUUAAGUAAGUUUGAAAUGUAUGGUUUCCAAAGGAAAGCAUUAAAUCUUUUACGUUGCUAUUUGACGCACCGAACUCAAAGUUGUCAAUUGGCCAGUAUACUCUCGCUGGAGAAAGAAAUCAUUUGUGGCAUUCCUCAGGGAAGUAUACUCGGCCCUCUCUUAUUUAUUAUGUAUAUAAAUGAUUUGCCAAGCUGCCUAGAACGCUCAACUCCAAGAAUGUUUGCUGAUGAUACUAACUUAACGGCAAUAGGCAGAACAAUUAGUGAGGCGGAAGAGAGGGCGAGCGUAGACAUGAGGAAUGUUCAGAAAUGGCUUUGUGCAAAUAAACUAAGUCUAAAUAUAGCGAAAACCGAGUAUGUUUUAAUUGGAACACGACAUAAAAUAAGUAAUAUUGAUACCCAUCAAGGAGUUAAAAUAAAUAAUCAAUUGAUUAAAAAAAUUAAAAAUACCAAAGCUCUUGGAGUUGAAUUAGACGAAAACUUGAGUUAG